GCAGGAAGGACAUGUGAGAUAGUCACAGUUUUCCAGAGAUCACGACAAGAUCUCACCAUUCCCACUCCCAUCCUACACCAUGACCGGCUGAGCUCACACUUCAGCUCCAUAACUCACACUUGUAUUCUCUGUCCCUCACUUCAAGCAGCAGCAACACAAGUGCGGAGCCAGAGUGAGCGCCACAGGCUGGGAGAGAGCUCAUUGCUGGGACUACAGAGAAGUUAGUGCUAAGGAGGGACCCAUGCACUGCGCCCAGUAGGGAGACUUCCUCCGGCACCGGGACUGCCACUUUGUGCGUCGGACAGGGCUCUAUCUCGCUCUGGAAGCUCCCUCUCUUCUCCCCUGGAUUUGUGCAUGCACCGAUGAGAGAUCCAGCUUUCCCGGGGGCUGCCAUGGCGUAUCACCCUUUCCACGCUCCCAGACCAGCCGAUUUCCCCAUGUCUGCUUUCCUGGCAGCCGCACAACCCUCCUUUUUCCCGGCUCUAACCCUGCCUCCGGCAGCUCUGGGCAAACCCCUGUCGGACCCUAGUCUGGCUGGAGCCGCCGAAGCCGGGCUGCACGUCUCGGCCCUCGGGCAUCACCAUCAAGCGGCUCAUCUACGCUCCCUCAAGAGCCUGGAGCCAGAGGAGGAGGUCGAAGACGACCCCAAAGUGACUUUAGAAGCCAAGGAACUGUGGGAUCAGUUCCACAAACUGGGCACGGAGAUGGUCAUCACUAAGUCUGGGAGGAGAAUGUUUCCCCCAUUCAAAGUAAGGGUGAGCGGCCUGGACAAGAAAGCCAAGUACAUUCUGUUAAUGGAUAUAGUGGCUGCGGAUGACUGUCGUUACAAAUUCCAUAAUUCCCGUUGGAUGGUGGCUGGCAAGGCUGACCCAGAGAUGCCCAAACGCAUGUAUAUCCACCCUGAUAGCCCUGCCACAGGAGAGCAAUGGAUGGCCAAACCCGUUGCUUUUCACAAGCUCAAGCUCACCAAUAAUAUAUCAGACAAACAUGGCUUUACCAUUCUUAAUUCCAUGCAUAAGUACCAGCCACGGUUUCAUAUAGUGAGAGCCAAUGAUAUCCUGAAACUCCCCUACAGCACUUUUAGGACAUAUGUAUUUCCAGAGACAGAUUUUAUAGCGGUGACUGCUUAUCAGAACGAUAAGAUCACUCAGCUUAAAAUUGAUAACAAUCCAUUUGCUAAAGGAUUUAGAGACACUGGGAAUGGAAGAAGAGAGAAAAGGAAACAACUGAGCCUGCCAUCCCUUCGGAUGUAUGAGGAGCAGUGCAAAGCAGACAGAGAUGGUGCAGAAUCAGAUGCCUCCUCCUGUGAUCCUGCCCCAGGCAGGGACUCUCUGCAUUCCCCACUGAGUACAGAACCCAGCCCUCUCAGGCUGCACCGAUCUAAUAGAGAAGAGAAGUUCGGGGCUGACAGUGACCAGGAGCUGGAUAGGCGAGAGGUCAGGACCGCCAGAAGCCACAGCCCAGUUGGCCACCGUAGCCCCCCUAGCAGUCCCAGGCUGGAAGACAGGGGCAAAGACAAGAACACCCCGGAAAAGAAGUCGGAGUCCCCGGAAAGUCGCAAGGAUGGCGGCGACAAUGUAUUCAGCAGGAGCUUAGAGAAAGACAAGGGGGAGAGCAGGAGGAAAGAGGACUCUAAAAGUGACCCAGAGUGUGGGAGUUUAAGUAAAGAGACCUUUGCCCCUCUGAUGGUACAGACUGAUAGCCCACCUCACCUGAGCGCUAGCCACCUGCAAAGCCUGGCUCUCUCAGGCCUCCACGGGCAGCAGUUUUUUAACCCCUUGAACGCCGCACAGCCUUUGUUCAUCCACCCAGGACAGUUUACAAUGGGUCCAGGAGCCUUCUCCGCCAUGGGCAUGGGACAUUUGUUAGCCUCAAUGACAGGGGCAAGUGCUCUGGAUAACGGCAGCCUUUCCUCUGUGCAGGGGGCAACGGGGGCAGCUACUUUUCCAUUUCACCUUUCCCAGCACAUGCUGGCCUCUCAGGGAAUUCCAAUGCCCGCAUUUGGAGGGUUGUUUCCUUAUCCCUACACAUAUAUGGCAGCAGCUGCUGCUGCUGCGUCAGCCAUGCCAGCUACCAGCGCUGCGACCACUAUGCCAAGGAACCCUUUCCUCAGCAGCACAAGGCCCCGCCUCCGCUUCAAUCCCUACCAAAUCCCGGUGGGCAUUCCUCCCAGCACUAACCUCCUGACCACUGGCUUGUCUGCCAGCCUCAACCCGGGAUCAGAGAGCUCCAAACCUGGUAGCAGCCGGGAGUCCAGUCCCAUCCCAGACACUCCCGGGCACAAGAGGUCCCACUCCAACUCCCUCUCUCCCAAAGCCUCCAUGAAGGAUUCCAUAAAUGAGCUACAGAACAUCCAGAGACUUGUCAGUGGGUUGGAGAGUCAGAGGGAGGUCUCCCCUGGCAGGGAGACACCAAAGUGACCGGCACCCCCGCCCUUCACCUGAGCCAUAAGGGCUAAAAAGCACUGGGAUCUUGUACAGCACACUCUAUUUAUUGAGCAGGGGCAGCAAUCAAAGGAAAAUCUGGGACUUAUACAAUCACACACUGAAACCCCACCAAGUAUGAAGGCUUGAGAAGAUUUACAAAGCAAAUUCAUUUAUAUGUCUGUCUGUUGAAAUGUCCUCUCUGAAGCCUACACCUGCCACUGGGCCUGUACAGCAGCCUUGUACUUAGCCAUGGUAAACUCUUAUCAUAAUAGUGCUAUUGUAAGGGAUCGCCCCCCAUUCCCCUCACUUCAAGUGGCAUGGCCCAAGAAUGCAAAGACUUUAAACUUGAUGAUGGACAAAUAGGCAGUGGACGGAAGAAACAAGAAUUCCUCAGAUUUCUUAUUAAAACAGGUCUGGGACCUGUAAAUUCAGAACUGACUCUUGUUGGAAACAAAAUGCAAAUAUGAAGUAUGUCUAAUCCCAUUGUGAAUACAAAAUAACUAAAAUAUAUAUAUAUUAUGUUGGGUGGUCAGAAAAGAUUCCAUCCUUAGUUGAAGCCGCAUACUUAGAAUGCAUUUGUUGUCAAAAAUCAGAAAGCUGGUGCAGCAGUAGGAUAUACCUACUCAGGUGCCAGAAAUAUUUAUGGAAAAAUAGUAAUUUGUGUAAAUAAGCUAUAAGGAUCCCAAAAUAUGCAAAUUGUUAUUAAUUUAUUCAGAGUUGUACAUGAUGUGUACAUAAUAUUUAGAGAAUAAUUCGUUGCAUUUAAUUUUCCUCAUUCUUUUCCAAUUUACAUGAUACAUAUAUAAAUAUAUAUAUUGUAAAUGAAAACCUAUUUAGCAUUUUGUGAUUGAAGGACAUACGUAUGGUUUCUUUACUGUGUUUGUAGCUGCCUGUCCCGUCUGCACAGGACAAUUGCGUGCCAUGCUUGCACUCAAGUGACAUUGGCUUCUUACAGGACUCCAAAACUAAAAUCCGUUUCAUGGUGUCACACAGCGGGAUACAAGGCAGGAAUAAACCUCAGGUUUUCGUUUUUUAUUUUUUUUUUCCUUUUUUCACUCGAGUUCAAUAAAAGUUUAAUGAUCAC